AUGCCCAAGCAACACACUCUCUUCGGACGCCCGAUUCCGCGCUUCACCGCCCGCCGCCUGGCCUCGCUGCUGCUCUGUCUCUCCCUGCUCGCCAUCACCCUCAUCGCCCUCGUCACCGGCGCCGUCCUGUCGUCUCCGGCCAGAGUCGCCUACCACAGCAACAUCGCCGCCCCGCGCAGCAGCGACGCCCGUUCCCAGACAGUCCUGACUCCCUUCCGCCCGCUCUCCCAUCGCCCUCCUCGCCAAAACGACGACGAAUACGCCGGCGCCUCGUGGUGGGCCGACUGGAAAUGGCUCUCGGUGCCCUUUUCCAGCUCCCUUACCUUCGACAACGACCGGGCCCUGCUUCCCCCGCUCACCCCGCGCCAGCCCAUCUAUUGCUACUACGAUGCUGCCGCCAACAAGCCCCUUGAGGAGAAGCAUGCCGAGAGCGAGCUGCUCUUGACCUGGCGCCGCGCCUGGUGGGCCAGAGGCUUCCGGCCCCUCAUAUUGAGCCCCGCAGAGGCCAUGCAGCAUCCUAGCUACGCCCGGCUGAAGCGGCUCGACAUGGAGCCGGCCGUCAGAAAGGAUCUCACGAGGUGGCUUGCCUGGCACACAGUGGGUGGAGGCAUUCUGGCGCAUUACACUCUGCUACCGACUGCCACAGACGAUAAUCCAGCGCUGUCGUCGCUCCGCCGCGGCGAGUUUCCGUACCUCACGCGUUGGAAGGACUUGGGCGAUGCUCUCCUUGUUGGCCAAGAAGACGACGUCGGUGCCGUCAUAGAGCACGCCAUACAGCCUGCCAAGUUGAGGAUGCUCGAGACCGGCAUGACGGAUCUGCCGGGCGGCCUCAUCGAGAUCGACAAGACCCCUGCUCCAUUAGCAUCUUACACGCAAAGUGUCGUGGGAAAAAAGUACCCCAAAGUCGCCCUUGACUUCAAGAAAGGCCGCGCUCGAGGUCUCCGCAGCUUGAACAAGCUCAUCACGACCCAUCUCCACAUCUUCUGGCAGAACCGGUUCCCCGAAGGCAUCGAGGUCCUCAAGCCCCACCCGGAACACACGACCGCAAUGAUUAGACGCGCCGUCAAGCUCGCCCUGCAGCUCGCCUCCUGCUCCGAAAGCCCCAUGCCGUCGACAUGCCCGCCAAACCAUCCCCGCUGUGCGCCGUGCGUUGCCACGGCCCCAAUGCGGGUGUCGACCCCCGCGAGGUACCGCAACUCGAGAAAGGUCUUUAGCAUCGGCACAGUGCCGCAUCCUUGGACAUUCGCACUGCUCGACAACCUGCAAGAGUCAUUCAACAUCUCGUGGAUCCGUCGCGAGUCGGCGCGCGAUCCUUGGCUCACGGCCGUUACCCAAGCCCUCCUCGGCGCAGGCGCUUCGGGGAAUCGGCGCGUCAUGUCCCUGAAGGAGGCCAUUGCCGGCGAGCACGCUACCUCACGCUCUCUCUGGCUGGUGGCGGAGAAUGAGAUGCCGGUCGACAUCAGUUGGUAUUUUGGCUUCGCCGUUCCCGAGCAUGGCAUGGAUCAGGGGAAAUCUGAAAGUCCUGUUCCAGCAGUUCGGCUCAUGAGGAAGAAGGCAAAAGCACACCAACCUGGCAACGGCCCGGUGGCGUCAAAGGGAGACCUUGCCCUAGAGGCGCCUCUGCUGGAGCGAGCGAGGCAUGUGGUGGCGCAGACCAAGGCAACCGAGGAGACCCGGAUGCGCGCCUCGCUAGAGGCCUGGAACAUGGCCGACACCGAGACGUGGAAGUUUGUGCGGGCGUUUCAGGCUCGGAAUGCCAAGGAAAAAGACAAGUGGGAGAUGGAGGAGGCCAAAUUUGGCAGCGGCGCAGGAACGGAAAAGUUUGGCCAAAGGAGGGGCGACGGCGUUGCCGAGAAGACGAGAGGCGCCUAG